AGGGCCCCGCCGCCUGACCAGACCCCGCCGCCGCCGCCGGUUCGCGCCCGGCCCCCCCCCCCGGUCCCGGUCCCCCCCCCGGUCCCGGCCCCAUGGCGGAGCCGGCGGCGCUGCACCCGGUGCAGCUCUACGUCUACGACCUGUCCAAGGGCAUGGCCCGCCGCCUCAGCCCCGUCAUGCUCGGGAAACAGCUGGAAGGCAUCUGGCACACCUCCAUAAUAGUCCAUAAGGAUGAGUUCUUCUUUGGCAGUGGGGGAAUCUCCAGCUGUGCACCUGGAGGAACGCUGCUUGGCCCCCCAGACUUGGUUGUUGACCUGGGAAACACUGAAGUCACAGAAGAACUUUUUCUGGAAUAUUUGUCAUCUUUGGGGGAAUCUAUGUUCCGAAGUGAGUCCUAUAACAUCUUUGAACAUAACUGCAACACCUUCAGUAAUGAAGUGGCACAGUUCCUGACAGGAAGAAAAAUCCCUUCCUACAUCACUGACCUUCCAUCUGAAGUUCUUGCCACACCUUUUGGACAAGCUUUGAGACCCCUCCUGGACACCAUCCAGAUCCAGGCACCUGGAGGAAAUGCCUUCAGCAGACAUAAUGGACAGAGCUAACAGGAGUGACCCAUUGUGCCCAGCCUCACCAUGCCUCUUCCUUUUUAAACACGAAUCUACCAGAUUUCUAUUUUAUAAUUUCCCAUCAGAAUUAACUCUAUGGAAAUUACAGGACCAGUUUUAAAAUUUCCUAGGGAGAGGGUUAUCAGGGUGCAUGUAAGACAAUGCUACCAAAAAGAUUGCCAUAAUUUCUAAUAGUAUUGUACUAAUUUAUAAAGGCUGUCCUGCCUGAGUUAGGCUGACACUUUCUAAGUAACUCCCGUGCUGGUAAGUGGGAAUUCAUUCCAUGAACAUUCAAGCACCCGUUACACAUUUUGGUGUAAAUGGGAUGUCCUAGCCAUCCCUUGCAGGCUCACAUCUCUUUCUCUUGUCACUGCGUGUAUUCUGGGGGUAUUUACUGAAGUCUGUAGCAAGAAGACAAAGGAAGUGUUUGUAGCCUAGGAAGUGAAGGUGUCCCUGUACUAGUCUUACACAUAUUUCAUUAACGUUGUGUUAUUUGCUCAGGGGACAAGCUCAACUCAUCUGAUCAGAGUAUUUGCAAUGGCACAGCUGAGUGGAAAGGGUGGCCUCGCUGAGCUAGUCAGCAUCACUUUCAAAGCUGAGACUUUCAAUGGGAUCAGCUGUGUGUGGGUGGGAGGCUGCAACUGAAAAUUACCAGGAGCCUCGUAAGGCGAGAUCCAAGUGUUAAGGGAGAGAACCAGCUGAAUGGACAGAAUCUCAUGAGCAAAUUUUAGGUGAAAGUAAGCUUUCUUUUCUCCAAGCAGGUUUGUCAGCAGAUGGAUAGAAUCCUGUUAACUUUUACCUUUGCUCAGGAGCUAUUUUUUCUCACUAAGCCAGAGUUACAGUACAGUGAGGCAGGAAUAGCAUGGCAGCUGCACAAUAAUGAGAGCGCUCUGCUUAAGUGAGGGAAAUAAGUGCUAGGUCUCCCCAAAUUUACAGAAAAUAAGGAAUAGUGAAGUUAAGCUUUUUUGUGGAACAGUUGAGUUGAUUGGGAUGCAUGGAGAAGCAGUCCUAUCCUUAGAUUGAUGUUAGAUUGUAUCAAUACUGCAUCUUCUAAUUUAAGGUUAAUCAUAGAAUCAUAGAAUAUCCUGAGUUGGAAGGGACCCUUAAGGAUCAUCAAGUCCAACUCUUGACACCGCACAGGUCUACCCAAAAGUUCAGACCAUGUGCCUAAGUGCACAGUCCAAUCUCUUCUUCUUAAAUUCAGACAGGCAUGAAUUUAGGUUCUGAAUUUAGGUUAGAAAUUCAGGUUCUUACGGCUUUGCAAUUAUUUGCAGUGGGGAAAAAAAUCAGGGGAAGGAAAGAUGAGGCACAUUGAUUUCUUUUCAUGCAUGUAUAUACACUGAUUUCCUGAACAAUUCUGUAGCAAGUACACUUCAGAAGGAACACAAGAAAGAUAUCAGGCAAACCCCCAAAACAUUGCUGGUGUUUCAUAAAUGGGGAUUGCACAUCCCAGAUGCCACUGAAGAAAGCAUCUAUGCAAAGUAUAGCCCUUAGUUCCAGUGCUUUGUUGUGCAAACAAUUGCUGCAAGCUCAGUCCUGCAUCUCUCCGUAUACCUAAAGGAGAUGUCUUUCCUCUGCUGGGCUAUCUUUCUCCCAGAGUAAUACGGAUUAGUAUGUUUCUCACGCUGUUAUUUUUGUGGGGAUGAAGUGGAAGAAACCCACAGUUCAGUCACUCUGUCAGUUACUCUGUUGCCCUGCACCUUGUGGAGUCACUACACCAGUGGAAGUCGGGGACUGUCAGUCCUUUUGCAGUUGUGUGGAGCUGCUCUGAGUGCAGGUGGCCCUUGCAGCCCAGAAUGUUUUUUUGUUGUCAGUGGUGAAUUUUUCCUUCUGUCAUUCUCUGCUCGUGCCAUCAACUUUUUAAGUGUUCAUUUGACAGACUGGACUAGGAGACAACUCCAGCAGUUAGUACAGAUGCAAAAGCUUAAUGCAAAAGUUUUCAGUCUUUCACCAUCAAAAUGUACUGUUUGCAGAAAGCAUUCUGUAGUAAAUUAUUUACCAGACAGCACCUCUUGGUGCUUCUGGAGAAGGAAUUGGUAAGUGUUUGUUUUCUGGAAAGCCACAGCAUAGUUUUCCUGUUGUCUGUGUAAUCCCCUCCAGACUCUUUCCAUGCCUAUUUUGUGAAGAAUAACGGUCUCUCAUCUGAGUACAGACAUGACUAUACCACAAAACACAACAGCACGUUAGAGAUCUUGGCGCUUCCUCUGUCGAACAGGUAUACAGAAGCUGAUACAACGCAGCACAACAUCUGGGUAUGCUAGUUUGGUACCCACAAGGAGCACAGCUGUGGUUGUUUCUUUCGGCAAACUAUCACUUCAGGUACAGCCAUCUGCUGGUACAGCUGUUCUGCAAGGCAAGCACAGGCACCACAGUCUCUAGUACCACGGUCUCUGCCCCAUGCUUCAUUGCAUGACAAAUGUGUCCACUUCAGAGGUCCUGAGCCUGGUUUUUGCUUCAGGGCCUUUUCCUUUCCUGCCUCCUGACAGGAUGUAAGAGGUUCCCCCCAGGCAUUUUGCAAUCAGCCUUUUCCCCUCCUGAGCAGCCCUGUUGCGGAGAGAAUGCUGCUACUUGAGUAUCAGUGGGUAAAAUUUCACUCAGACACAUUCUGGUUGCAGUAACUGUGGUACUCUCAAAAGGAGCUCCAGAGGGUCUCCAUGUCCCUGGACCUACUCUGUGUAUUGUGACGAAGGAACUAUAGGAGGAGAUCCUGUUUGUUUGAUCUUACUGGGUAAUGAGACCCUUGCACCCCGUAGGCCUCUUAGGAAACCCAUUUUCUCCAAAGAUGGUUGCGUGUAAAUUGCAGGUCUGUGCAGCCAACAUUCCUCCCCGCCAUACCUACUCAUAGGUGCACAAACUACAAUGAGCAAUGUAUGGAAGUGUACAGAGGUGGCAAACUUCAGCCAGAUGAUUGACAAAGGGGAGCAAGGAAGCUGAACUCCUGGAGGGGAGCAGGACCCUUUUUCCCACACUUACUGUUCUGUCAAGUAUUGCUGGGGUUCCACCAUGCCAUUUUUAAAAUGUUAAUAACAUCUUUAGACAGAAAGUGAUGUUUUGAUUUUUUUUUUCUAUUACAAUAAAAAAGUACAGCAGU